AUGCCCUUUGUUGCGUUUGAUUUACUCGGCUCCUUAUUCACUUUUAACAGUGUGCUAGAAGCGCUACAGCAAGUACUAUUGGACAAUCAACACUUUCACCUAACAGCAACAGAGAUCAAAUACUUUUUUAAAUUUUGGUAUGCGACGGCAUGGCGUGACUACAUAGCAACUUCGCAUGGUGGUAAAUAUCGUCCUUUGCAGCAAGUGCUAAGGGCCACUUUAACACGCUCACUUUUGUUAUUUUUUGACGAUGACAGCAGACGACUCUCCUAUGAUCACAACAGCAGCAGUCUAUUGACAAAAGAUGAAAUCGAAACAGUCAUGUUUAGCUUUAAAAACCUCACGGUCGACCCAGACGCAGUGGAAGCAUUAGCAUUAAUUAUAGAGCACAACAAGAGGGUCGAGGACACUUUGAUUGAAGAUCAGCACAGUAAGACUUGGGAAAUAUGGUUACUGAGUGCUUGGGGACGACAGGAAACGCUCGAGCUAUUACAAUCCGUGGGACUGGAGGGUUAUUUCAAACAGGAGAAUAUGGUGUGUUGUGAUACCCUAAGACUAUCAAAACCUCAUCCUACGGUCUAUUCUGAGCUCAUGAGAACCAUUGUAUCGCGGACAAAACGCAUAGAGAAUAUCUAUUUGAUCGGUUCCUAUGCUUUUGAUCUGGCGGGUGCAAAAAACCUAUCUCUCAGAACCAUCUUUUUGAACAAAAGAGAGAAGGUCUAUGUCUCCUCCAUGUACGAUAAUGCAGAGCCAAAUCUGACAUGCACAACGCUGACGGAUGGCGUCCUACAGAUGUUUCACUUUGAAAAGACAAAGCGAUUUCUUUUCUAA